GCCCUGUGGUUUCCAUCCUGCUGAGACACCCGGAUGUCCCUGCGUGGUGUGGGGCUUUGUUCUAUCGUCCUGGGGGUGAGGGGAAGGGAGCUGUGCCCUCCAGAACAGCAGGCUGGAGGGGUGUCUAAGCUCAGAGCUCCGUAUCUGCUCUCCAACUCUCUCUGCCCUGCCUGCAGGAGAUCGAGUUCAUGUACAAACCAGGGAAUGUCAGUGCAGCUCCCGCCGUGGUGGCUCCCCACCAGCCUCGCCUCGACUGGCAGAUGUGGUUUGCAGCCCUGGCGCACCACAGCAGCAGCCCCUGGUUUGCCAGCUUCGUCCACCGCCUGCUGCAGGGCAAGGAGGACGUGAUCCGCCUGGUGCAGGUCGAUGAGGAUAAAUACCCCUUCAGCGCUCAGCCGCCCGUCUACCUCCGCGCCCAGCUCUACAAGUACUGGUUCACCCACAGCGCCGAGAGCGGGGUGGGAGCUGCACGGUGGUGGCGGCGGCAGCAUGUCCAGGAAUUCUUCCCCACCGUCUCACUGGGGGACCCAACGCUGGAUGGUCUGCUUGCCCAGCACGGGCUGAAGGACAAGCUGCCCCUGAGGCGCCCCGUGGAUGCGUUCCUGCCCUGGCUCUUGAGCUCUGUGCGCCGGCUCAGCCGCCCCUUCUCCCCCCACGUCGUGCUGUGGUCCCUCUACCUGGUGGCUGCCACUGCCUGCCUGCUGCGUGCCAUGGCCCGCCGGCCCCGGGGGGGCGCACCCCCCACCCGCCACAAAGCAUCCAAACAGCAGCGGGGGGAUCAGGGGGAGAAGAACGGGCAGCUGCGCAGGAAGGAGGGCAGGGAGGCGGAGGAGAAGGGUGAGGGCCGAACCCGGGGGGCGGCUGAUGGUGAAGGCCCCCGUGGCACCAAGAGGAGGAAGUAGAGGUGCUGGGUGCCCCGUAUUCCACGCACGCUUCCCCCUCUGGAUCCCCACCUCCUGCUCCCCCCCCCCCAGCUCCAUCCCUGUGGGGGGGGGGUUCCUCGCUGGGGCUGGCGUGCCGCUUUCCUGCGGUGCCUUCAUGCACAGCUGGGUCAGUGCAGUGUGUGGCUGCUUCCUUGCCCCCAUCCCCCAGCUGGGGCUGCCCCUGUGCCCCCCUCAGUUGGCUAGGCUGUGGGGUGGGGGCUGUGCUAGGUCUCAGCUGCCUUGUGCUGGGGUUGGGGGGGACUUGGGGGGUUGUUCUGUGCCCCGCAUCACGUUUUUCCCCCUCCUCAGCUCAGUGGGUGGCACAGAGGUUUCCUAUAAUUUUCUAAAUAAAGCCUUUGACAUUCCAA